GACUCACGUUACGGAAGGGCAUUGAACCAGUCCUGGAGUGAGCUGCUCUAACUGAAUAAAUUUAACCAAGAUGUCCGGGGGUCCUCCGGUGGUGAUGCGGCUGGUGGCCUCGGCCUACUGCGUGGCGGAGAGGGCGGGGGCCAUCGUGAGGAAGGUCCUGCACAGUGGGGACCUGGGCAUCGUGGAGAAGACAGGUGCCAAUGAUCUACAGACCCUGGCAGACAGACUGGCACAGCAGAGCAUAUGUGCGUCUCUGUCCAAGCGCUUCCCCAAAAUCACCAUCAUUGGAGAGGAGGAUCUCCCAUCAGAGGAGGUGAGGGAAGACCUGAUAGAGACUGGUCAGGCAGAAGAGAUUUUCCAGAAAACAUGUCCAGCUGAAUUUACUGAUGUGAAAGAGGAGGAGCUUGUGGUGUGGGUGGACCCUCUUGAUGGGACAAAGGAAUACACAGAAGCCUCCAGGCACCUGCAUCUGCACACACAGCCCCGGGCCCCCCUCACACGGUCGGACACUCCUCCGCUUCACACUGCUGCUCUCUGGCUGUUGGAUAAUGUGACCGUUCUUAUUGGCAUUGCUCACAGGGGACAGGCCAUUGCAGGUGUCAUCAACCAGCCAUUCUACAACUACCAGCUGGGAGCAGACGCAGUUCUGGGCCGAACCAUCUGGGGUGUGCUGGGACUGGGUGCGUUUGGGUUUGAGCUGAAAGAAGUCCCAGGAGACAGGCGAAUUGUCACAACGACGAGGUCACAUAGCAACAAGGUGGUGACGGCAUGUGUGGACGCCAUGGAGCCGCACGAGGUGGUCAGAGUGGGCGGAGCUGGAAACAAGAUCAUCCAGCUCAUUGAAGGCAAGGCGUCAGCAUACGUGUUUGCUAGUCCUGGCUGUAAAAAGUGGGACACCUGUGGACCUGAGGCUAUCCUACAUGCUGUUGGAGGUAAACUUACAGAUGUCCAUGGAAACCCGUACCGUUAUGAAGCAGACGUGAAGCAUAUGAACUCAGCCGGAGUCCUGGCCACUCUCAGAAACCACCAGUACUACACCAGCAGAGUGCCUCCGUCAGUAUUACAGGCUCUCAUGUAAACAGCCCUGACAAUUACAGGGCUGGAUUUAACAUAUCAUUAAAGUAAUCUUUGGUUAAUAACACUACUUUACACAAAUAAAUUAUGCUUUUGAAAUAUGAUUAUUUUUGAUAAUACUGGUGUCCUUAUUUUUUCUUAAACUGAACACUGCCUGCAGGUACUACAUUUCCCUAAAAUUUAUCAGAGGUUUCAACCUCAUUGGAGGUAAAAGUGAACUGUACUACAACUGCUACACUUAAAGAAAAAUAAUUAUGAUUUUGUGUGCCAUAUUAUUGUAUUGCUAUUUUGUACACAAAUUUACGCAAUAUAUGUCUCUAUACAUUGUUGAUUUAAUUUGUAUUAUUAAAUUUAAAACUAACACAAUCA